AUGAUUCUUGUGAGGGACUUGAAAUCAGUUAACCCUGAUCUCACAGCUAGUGCCACUCUCUCUUCAAAGGUUCCACCUCACAAUUACAAACAGCGUGAGAUAGCUUCUUAUCACUGAGCUGAUCACGUUGGUAGUCUUGUACAUGACGAUGUGUUGGAUAGUUCUGAUACUCGUCGUCCCUGCCCACCGUCAACUCUAUGUUCAAUGAGAAGGACAUGGGGUCCGGCAUUUGAUGACAUGCUUGAUUUCAUCUCAACUUCCGAGGCAAUGGGUAAAGCUACGGGAGCGGGAUUUAAAAUUAGGAUUAGCCACUGCACAGUGUUGUAUGCGUCACUCAAACACCCAAAGUUCAUAGAUCUUGAUUCAACGUGGUUUUAA